AUGAUCAACCCUACUCUAAGAAUUUCGCGCUCUCGUAUCGCCCAUUACAUAGCGAAACAAUCAACACCAGUAAUAGCAAAGCGCUCUUUUAUCUCAUCAACAAUUCCUCGUCAAGUUGAUUUUGUUCAAGAACUUUAUAUCCGCGAACUAAAAGGAUGCAAGAUCUCACCGAUUAAGGCUAAUGACUCGGAGGGUCAUGUGCAGAAGUUUUCUCCCCCAGUGGCGCCAACAUCUCCAGAACUAGAUGACAUCGCGAGUGAAUUAAAAGCAUACGAGUCAUCCAGUGUGGAGGUCGAGGGACAGGCUGAGGUUGGAUCUUCUCUUCAGGAGGAAGAUUGGCUAGAGGAAGAGCCCGAAGAUGACGAAAAAUCGAAACAUUAG